UGCGCCCUGGCCGGCGGCGACGGGCGCCUCCUCCUCUUCGCUCUGGGCCGCCCCGGGGCCGCCGCUGGGCUGAGGCUGUUCGAGGGGGCCGUGCGCGGGUUGAGCUGGGCCCCCCGCCCCGGGCUGCCCCCCGGCUCCGCCGCCCUCCUGGCCUCCGGACCCGACGGGGAGAUGCUCUGGCUGGACAUCACCCACCGCCCCGGGCAGGCACCCGGUGUGCGGCUAAUGGGACGGUACCAGCUGCCACCCUGCAAGCAGCGCUGGCACACCUGCGCAGCCUUCCUGCCCCAGGGCGGGCUCCUGGUCUGCGGGGACCGCCGGGGCUCCCUCCUCCUCUUCCCUUGCAGCAGCUCCUCGGGGUGGGCUGCGGAAAGCACCGGCGUUGCCGAUGGUGGCACCAACCCAGUCGGCGAGGACUCCGGCAACGAGUCAGAGCUCUCUUGCUUGUGGCAUAAAGGGGCUCUUCCCCUCGAGGCCCCGCUGUCCGUGCUCUUCGGGCUCCACGGGAAGAUGGGGGUUACCUCGGUGACCUGCCACAAGGGCUACAUUUACAGCACCGGCCGGGAUGGUGUCUACCGCCAGCUCUGCCUGCAGGGCCAGCAGCUGGAGGUCCUGCGGAAGCACAGGCCCUGCAAAGGGCUGCAGUGGAUCGAGGACCUGCGCUUCACACCGGACGGGGACCUGCUCGUGCUGGGCUUUCACGCUGACAACUUUGUGGUGUGGAGCAGCAGGACCAGCGAGAACCUCCACUGCGUCCCCUGCGGUGGUGGGCACCGCUCCUGGAGUUACUGCGGCAACCCGUCGGCCGAGGCCUUCGCCUUUGUCAAAUGUGGGGACGUGAUGCUGUACCACCGCGAGGCUGAGCCCCGUGAGCAGCAAGUGCUCCUGGCAUCCCUGCAUGGGCGGGAAAUUGCUUGCGUGCGGCGCCUGGGGGCUGUUGAAGUGCCCGGCCAUGCUGCCCUUAACAUCUUCAUCACCGGCAGCGAGGACACCACGGCCUGUGUCCUGGCACUCAGCGAGUGCUCCCGGGCAGCCAUGCCCCUCACCCGGCUCAGUGAUCACAUUUCUAGCGUCAGGGCACUGGCUCUGGCUGGCGACAAGGGCUUCAGUGACGAGAAUUUGUCUGCCCUGCUCUUCUCUGCGGGUGGCCGGGCGCAGAUGGAGUGCUACCGGCUGCUGUGUGUUGGGGACCCAGCCUCUGAGAGCACUGUGGCCUGCCAAGUUGUUCAUGUGGCUUCCCACCGACUAGAUGAGCACUGGGAACGGAAGAAGAACAGGCACAAGCUUGUCAAGAUGGACCCAGAGACAAGGUACAUGUCCCUCUCGGUCGUGCCCGGGACCAGCACCAAGCAGCUGCCGACACCCUGGAAGUUCGUGGCUGCCGCCUGCAGCGAUGGAUCAGUCCGGGUCUUUGGGCUGCUGGAGGCCGCUCGCAAGCUGGUGCUGGUGGCAGAGUCGUUUCACCACCAGCGCUGUGUGCUGAAGGUGGAGGCGUUCCUGCACACACGGGCAGGAGGGGAGAGGAGGCACCUCCUGUGCAGCGCAGCCACCGAUGGCAGCCUCGUCUUCUGGGACAUCACCAGCCCCAUCGUGGAUGCAGCGGAUGCCCUGCGCCGAGCGGAGGGAGAGAUGCAGCCCCUGGCCCUGGGCACCCCGCUGCUCACCAUCACGGCCCACAGCUGCGGCGUGAACAGCCUCCACAUCCAUGAGACACAGGAGGGCCAGUACCUGGUGGCUAGCGGCAGCGACGACGGCUCCAUCCACGUCUGCCUGCUGGAGGUGGACCUGGGCAGGGGCGAGGUCGCAGCGGGGACCUGCCUGCACCUCCUGGAGCGGGUGGCCAGGCCCUGUGCCCACGCUGCCCACGUGACGGGGAUCCGGGUGCUGCGGCCGGACCUGCUGCUCUCCGCCUCGGUGGACCAGCGCCUGACGCUGUGGCGCCGGGGCCCAGAUGGGCUGGAUGCCCUCAGCACCACCUUUUUCCACGUGCCCGACCUGGCCGAGCUGGACUGCUGGGAGGUGGUAGAGGCCAGCGGUGAGCUGAGGUACUACUGUGUGCUCUGUGGGCAGGGCCUGGAGAUGCUGCAUGGCACGGUCCCCCCCUGAGCCCCCCUUUGCCGGAUGCUCCCCAGUAAUGGG